AUGGCUGUCCGGUUCAGAUACCACGCCAAAGCCCAGUACACCUUUAAGCCACCCCUGAUCGCAAACGAGAAUGCCUUCUUAGGCGAUGUGUACUCGAGGUAUUUGAAUCUACCGAUUCCCACCAUGGAAGCUAACAUGAUCUCCUUCGCAAGCGAGAAAGAGAACCCCGACAAGCCCAUCUCGGCUGGCUUCUACCGCCUUGAAAAAGGAACCCCGCUGGUGUAUGAAUACACCUACGACGAAAUGAAGAUCAUACUUGAGGGGCAGUUUGAAAUUGCCGAUGAGACCGGGCAGAAGGUGACGGCUUUGCCGGGGGAUGUUUUUUAUUUUCCCAAGGGGGCGAAGAUUACGUUUACGACGGAAACGUAUGGGUUGGCGUUUUAUACUGGACAGAGGAAGCAGGGAGGUGCCUAG